CAUCUAGGUGCUCCUCAGGUGUCAUGUCAUCCUUGUCUAUGUAAUGACACUCGAGUGGAAAUCUGAACUCAGCUUAAAGUGAUGUAAGAUAACUUCCGCUCCAGAGAACGAGAGAGGCUCUUGCCACUAAACCCGUGUUUUCGCGCGUCGCCUCACCGGCGAUUCUCGCGUUGCUUCCCGCAGUUCCCGCGCGCCAGCAUGAUCACCGUAGCCGGAAAUCUCGAACCAGACGCCGUGUGCGAGGUGUUAAGUGAGACACGAUUUUGAAUUCGAAUAGAAUUCGAAUAUCUUCGCGAAUGCAUCUUCUCAUUCUCCUCGCUUCAACUUCAUCGCGCGUGGUAUCCGAUUUGUCUCCGCGGAGACGGAAACGUGUCUCGAAUAGUGCCUCGAGUUCGCAGAGAUAACCUCAUCAUUCCGUAUUGAUGUUGCAUGUACAUAUAUGAACAUACAUUUGGAUAUUUACGCGUAUUUCGCGAUGGAUAUAAUUAGCGAAUAUUGAAACGAAUCCGUGUAAUUUAUCGCGUUCACCGUCUCUGAGGACUGUUUAAAUUCUAAAUUGGAACUCAUAAUAUUAAUCUAUUUAUAUAUAACAAAGUUUAUAUAAGAUGUAACAUGAAAUCAGAAUUUUUGUUAAGAACAAGAAAAAAGGAUAUUACGACAGAUUUUAGCCGAAGUGAUUCAUGGAUUGAAAAUUGUGUUGCGAGUAACAUUCUAGUUAAUUGUGUAAAUAUCUUGGAACGUUUGGUUGACACUUAAUUAGAUUAUUCUACGAUUCUUCAUCAACAAUGAGUGAAGAAAUGAAUGAUAUAUCCUACUUAAGCUAUGACAUAAAUGGUACAAGAUACAUUUACAAACUUGCACCAUCACCGACAGACAUUAUGAAGAAUUCGGCAGUGAGUGAAGAACAAACUACAGUUGAUAUUGCUAAGGGAAGUGAAUUGGACAGUGGAGAAGAACCGAUUUCAUUAGUGUGUUUGAAUGGACAGGUGUAUGCAAUUAAAAAUGGAGUGAUUGAAGAGGUGGGUACCAACCUGCAAUCUGUAGAACAAACGAGUUACAAUGAAAAGGCACUCUUGAUGUCAAAGAAUAUGGAAAAUAACGAAAAUGAUUAUAUCAAGAAUGAAAAUAUAGUAAUCGAAAGUCCAUACAGACAAUCUGAGGAGCAAUACGAAGUCGCUACAGAGGAAGCAGUGAAAGAUCUCGUUGGGCAAGAUGACAACGUUAACGUCGAUGAUUUCUUAGAAGUUGUGACUGCUUUUAAAUGCAAGAUGUGUACUUACCUGUCUCAGGACAAGAUGCAAUUAUUAGAUCAUAUUCAGAAACUACAUUUAAAUUCUACUAUAGAUAUUACACCAAAGGAAGAAUCUAAAAUGGAUGAAGUAAAAAUAGUUUAUAUGUGUGCGGAGUGUUCCAACUGCUUCCAUUCUUUUGAGGACUGUAAAGAACACAUGAUUAAUGAUCAUCAAUUAACAGACAUUGCGAGUGAUGAGGCUGGAAAAGAAAAUUUGACAGACCUAACGAAUCCUAGCUUGAUAACUGAACAUGAGGCUCAACAUAUCGAAAGCAAUGAAGUGGAAAAAGAUCCAGUAAAAAUUUCAAAGACCUUAAAUUCAGAAUAUAUGCGUAACAGGAAAAUGAUAGAGUCAGCGGAAAGAAAUGUCAAGUGUUCUUAUCAGGGCUGUCAAUACAAAUUUGCCUCGGAAGAAAUUAUGCAGCAACAUAUUCUUUACCAUACAGAAUCUGAAACUGCAACAACAUUUAAAUGCACCAUAUGUCGAGAUAUGAAGUUUACGAAGUGGCGCCAAUGUAAUUUGCAUUUAUGGAAGAAGCACCAAAUUGACAUAGGCUUGUUUACCUGUAAAAUUUGUAAAGUCUACAAAAGUGCUACUAUGGUAAAACUCUUAACGCACAUGAGGGUACACAGUGACACUCGCGAUUACAAAUGUCCCGAUUGCGAGAAAUGUUUCAAACAAGCUAGCCAGUUACGUAAUCAUCGCAUAAUGCAUUUAGAUCGCAAAACAUUAGAAGUAACUCGAUGGUAUACUUCUAAGACAUGCGAUAUGUGCGGUAAAACAUAUGCGAAUUCAAAAUGUUUAAAGAAUCACAUUCAAGCUGUUCAUUCCAAGUUACGUCCAUACGUUUGUAACGUUUGCGGUCAUGCUAGUGCCAGAAAGGCAAUGUUACAAAUGCAUUUGCGUCAACAUACAGGAGAUAAACCUUUCAGCUGCGAGAUUUGCGAUUACAAAACUGGAGAUCACAAUACCUUACGACGGCAUAUUAUGCAACACACAGGAUUUCGACCGUAUAAAUGUCCACAUUGCUCAUAUAGCGCGAUACAGAGCAGCAGUUAUAAAAAUCAUUUAAAAUCGAGGCAUCCUUUGCUGUCUGGCUUAUUUACAUGCGAUCUAUGUCCUUUUAAAACGGUCAAAAAUGAAAGUUACAUCCAGCACUUAGGUGACCAUGAAAAAGGUUUAAUAAAAUCUAAUGUACAAAAAAAAGAUAACGAGAAUGUCGAAGUCUUUCCCGGUAACAUUGCGGCAGCGCAAUUAGUUUAUAGCUGUUUGGGUGCCUUUUCGAAAGAUGGAGAUACAUUAGAAGCUAAUUUGAUGUCUUCCUCAACGUCUGCUGAUGGCACUUCUCAAACCAUCACGAUACAAAUACCAUCGAAACAUCUUCAAGGUUCAUUAUCAACAAGAGAAAGUUUAAACAAAAACGAUUCUAUUGAGCAAGAAGAUGACGAGACAAUGCAUUGCUUCUUAAAAAUUCCUAGAGAAGAAGAAGAAAGUAUAGACACUGGUGGUAUAACAAUACCUGCAGAACCUGAAGAAAGAAGUAUUAGAACUAUUGAUAUUGAAGAGACAAACAUAGCAACUAGUGAUAUUGAAGAAACAAAUGUAACAAAUAUCGAUAUUGAUUCGUGAAAUUUACAAUAUAUAAAAUAGUGCCGAAUGAAAUGUCCUCCAAUUAAGCAAGUGACACAAUAUUAUACAUUAUGAUAACAAACAAGUAAAAAAAGCUAGUCAAUGUUAUUAAUUUUUUCAAAAAAAGCAAUAAGAUUAAUGUCUUGAUGGAAAUUUAUGUGAUAUUUUUUUUGUGUGGAAAUGUAUAUUGUAGAAU